AGAAGGGUAGGAGAGAAAAGCCAUGGCCGGUGAGUCUUUCACUGUUCUAAGAAGAGGUCCCUGGGAAGAAAGAAUUUUGGAAGACAAGGUCCUGAAGGAGAAGAGAAAGCUGUUAAUCCGUUCCAUGGGUGAAGGCACAAUAAAUGGCUUACUGGAUGAAUUAUUAGAGACAAGGGUGCUGAACCAGGAAGAAAUGGAGAAAGUAAAAUGUGAAAAUGCUAUGGUCAUGGAUAAGGCCCGAGCUCUGCUUGACUCUGUUAUUCGGAAAGGGGCUCCGGCAUGCCAUAUUUGCAUCACAUACAUUUGUGAAGAAGACAGUCACCUGGCAGGGACGCUGGGACUCUCAGCAGGUCCGACAUCUGGAAAUCACCUUACUACACAAGACUCUCAAGUAGUACUGCCUUCCUUCCUAGGAAGAACCUAAAUUCCAGUACUUGGAUGCCAACUUGCUGACAUCAUGGCACUUCCUGUCAAUGAGCCUGGAAUUCUGAGCAGCAGUUUCACAACCUGUAAUUACAUGUUUCUGCCCUUUGCAAUAAAAAAAUACACAGUUUACUUUCAUUUUUCCA